CUGUCGAUCCAGUUGUGGAUAGCUGUUCCAGGUGGCCAAAGAAAAGAAAGGAAACCAAGUUUGGACAGAAGAAGAAGGACGUCGCUGUUCUUCAGAUUACAGAGAGAACCAUCGAUCUUGUCAAGCAGGACUGAAAGGAGUCUUCAUGGCUGAAGCCGGGGGCACAAGUAGAGGUAACAGCGGAGGGAUGACCACCGGGGUUGCAGGAGGAGUGCGUGUCCCGCAGGAACCCUCUCUGAAGGCCGGGGUGGUGCUGUCAGAUGAAAGAGUUGACUUCCUUCGAGAGCAGGCCUUCUGUGUGCUGCGAGUGAAGACGGAUAAGUGGAACCGUUUUAUCGCUGCAGAGGAGAAUCAAAAGAUUAUACUGGAUUUUCUGGACCACAUCUGGACUAACAGGCUGCUGCUUUUCACCGGACCUGGUGGGACGCUGCAUGCAGGAGACGCUCAGACAUCUCCACCAUGGAAGACCAAGCUGCUGUGUGUGCUGAAGAAAGGCGUAAAGAGAAUCGCCCGCCAAGAUUUCAGGCACCAGUUUAGACUGGGGGAAGUUCCUGGAUACCCAAUGGAGCACCUACCUGUGGUCAUCUCUGAGGUGCUGGUAUUUGUGCUGUCCAACGGGCUUAAACGUGAGGACUGGCCGCGGGUGGUUUCUGAAGACAUCCAUCGCCACCUGGAGAGAUUCAGAAGCAAGGUGGUGACACUGAGAGGCCACGCAGAGGGAAGGACCCUGCUGCCUCUUCCCCUGUGUGGAGACCACCCAGGUCCCAACGUGGAGAUCCGGUUUUGGUCCAACCAGAGGGAAAACCUACUGGGCAUCCAGUCCCAAAUCCAGAGCUCCAAAGUGGAGCAAAUCAUGGAGAUCCUGAGAAGAGUGAAGAGCAGUUACUACAAUGCCUUUAAGGAUGUCUGUGUCAAAGUCGACGACGGUAAAUUACUUUACUCUGUCCUCUAA